AUGACACAGUGGCUACAGGCUCUAUAUGAGGCAGUAGCCACAAAAAUUGUGAUGUUCAACGAAUAUUCAACUCACUGGAUUCCUCUCUCGCUGGAUGACAAAACGGCUCAGAAGCUGCUCUGGAUCUCAGAGGGUGGGGCUAAAGUGUCCCGGAUGUCCGACCAGCCGUGUCCCGCACUGGACCGACCCGAAAGAUACGAACACGCUCCUCAGGUGGUGUGUAAGGAGGGUCUCCUGGGUCGCCGUGGUUACUGGGAGGCGGAGUAUGAAGGCUGGGUGGUGAUGGGUGUGGUGUACGCCAGCAGCGGGCGCAAAGUUAAAGACGGGGCGUGUGGCCUGGGUGAGAACGAGGCAUCGUGGGCCGUGGGCUGGGGCGGAACCGGUUUCCAAGCCUGGCACAACAGUGAGAGUGUGGAGAUCCAGAGUCACCAAAGCAACACCAUCGGCAUCUAUGUGGACCAACCGGCCGGCAUCGUCGCCUUCUACUUGGUGGAGGGCGAGCCGAGAGAGGCGCGACUCCUGUACCGCUACAAAACCUGCUUCAAGGACAACCUCCUGCCCGGGUUCUGGGUAGGAGAGAAAUCCUCCUGUAUGAUCCGCAAGAAAGAUUAA